AGAGGCGAGUCUCAUUGGCAGAGGCGUGACCGACGCUGUGUGCGGAACAUGGCGGAGCGCGGGAGGAAGCCGCCCUGCGGCCGGGGUGAACACGGCCAAAGGAUUGAGUGGCGAAAAUGGAAGCAACAGAAGAAAGAGGAGAAAAAGAAAUGGAAGGAUCUCAAGCUGAUGAAAAAACUGGAGCGGCAGCGGGCACAGGAGGAACAGGCAAAGCACCAGGAAGAGGAGGAGGCAGCAGCAGAGAAGGAGGACCGCGGGCGGCCCUACACACUGAGCGUAGCCCUGCCGGGCUCCAUCCUGGACAAUGCUCAGUCGCCGGAGCUUCGCACCUACUUGGCCGGUCAGAUUGCCAGAGCCUGUGCCAUCUUCUGUGUGGAUGAGAUCGUGGUGUUUGAUGAGGAGGGCCAGGAUGCCAAGACCGUGGAGGGGGAUUUCACAGGAGUUGGGAAGAAGGGGCAGGCGUGCGUACAGCUGGCCCGGAUCCUGCAGUACCUGGAGUGUCCGCAGUAUCUGAGGAAGGCGUUCUUCCCCAAGCACCAGGAUCUACAGUUUGCAGGGCUUCUGAACCCCUUGGACAGCCCCCACCACAUGCGUCAGGACGAGGAAUCCGAGUUCCGAGAGGGCAUCGUGGUGGAUCGGCCCACCCGGCCAGGCCACGGCUCCUUUGUCAACUGUGGCAUGAAAAAGGAGGUGAAGAUUGACAAGAACCUGGAGCCUGGGCUUCGGGUGACGGUGCGACUGAACCAGCAGCAGCUCCCAGCAUGCAAGACCUACCGUGGCAAAGUGGUGUCAUCACAGGACCCUCGCACCAAAGCUGGGCUCUACUGGGGCUACACCGUCCGCCUGGCUUCCUGCCUCAGUGCUGUGUUUGCUGAGGCCCCCUUCCAGAACGGGUAUGACCUGACCAUCGGGACGUCAGAGCGUGGCUCGGAUGUGGCCUCUGCCCACCUCCCCAGCUUCAGGCAUGCUCUUGUGGUGUUUGGGGGCCUCCAGGGGCUGGAAGCCGGAGUGGAUGCUGACCCCAACCUGGAGGUGGCUGAACCCAGUGUCCUCUUUGACCUGUACGUCAAUACCUGUCCUGGCCAGGGUAGCCGCACCAUCCGCACGGAGGAAGCCAUCCUCAUCUCCCUGGCCGCCCUGCAGCCUGGCCUCACCCAGGCCGGUGGCCAGCACCCCUGAAAGUUCUAAGGGGCCCAGGACAUCAGUGAAGCAGCAGUGAAACCAGGGGCUCUACAGGUCACUUGGGACGGAUGCCGCCAGACUUGUCUCCAAAAAUCACCACCUUUAAUGCUCCCCGGCCUGCACACGCCCAGCCUUGCUGGGCUCUGCCCUCACUUACUGCCCGCUGUGAUGGCCUUGAGGCUGCCUGCCCGCGCCAGGAUGUUUGGCACAAAGAGCAGCCCCGAGGCCCGCUCAAUGCUCUCAAUGGGCACCAGGAAGCGCUCCAGUGGGAUGGCCUCGUCCACAGGUGCGUUGGGCAUCACGUAGGAGCGGAGCUCGAUUUGCCCGCCUGCGGCCUCCAGGAUCAGCACCUUGAAGAAGUGUGUGGGCACUGCCACGUGGUUUUUGCCGAUGACCUGGUACUUCACAUAGGAUUUCCCAUCAGCCUCUGUCCUGUAGGCAGACCCAGGCACACGUGGGCAGGAGGCCUGGAUGAACCCAAGGCCACCUCUUCAAGGAAGCCUUCCCUGAUCUGUCCUUUCACUUUUGUCAGCCUGCGGGACCAGUCCCUCACUGUGAGACUUCCGCGGCCUGCCUGGCCUCUCCUCGAGGCUGGAACUGUCUCCAGAGUGAAGGUUAACUCUCCCUCUGUUUUCCUCAUGCCCAACACCGGGUCAGGCAGAGUGGGCGACAAUAAAUGCCGCUAGAAGAAUUGAGCCUUCUGCACGUUCACAUUCGUCUGGGGGGAGACUUAACAACUGUCCGUCUCUCUCCAUGGAGGUGAGCACCAAGUGGGCAAGGACCAUGACAGGUGACAUCCCAGCACCAGCACAGGUGCCGGGACACCGGACGGGGGCUUCCCCUCAGCAGAGUCUCCUCCCUUGCCCCGGGCCCUAGGAGGCACCUGCUAAUGAAAUUUGAUCAGUGCCAGGCCCUGGGGAAGCAUGUGACAUCAACCAAGAGGUCGCAGGUUUUACAGUGGGGGACACAGGUCAUUUGCCCACAGCACCAAGGAACUAGGGGAUGAGGCAGGCCUGGACUCCAUCCCGAGCCUGUGGAUUCCAGAGUGAGCUGCUCAGCUCCACAUGUUGCCUCUCAGUCCCAGCCCUCUGCAGGCCAGAAAAACCACGGAGCAUGCCCAGAGGUGCUCCGUUGCUUCCAUCUGAGAGGCAGGGCUGCAGAGGGGCAAGAGUGGAGGCCCCGGGUCAGGCAGAUCUAGGUUCAAACUCCUGAGAAGGGUGGUGGAAAGUGCUCCAAGCAGAGCAGAGACUGAAGGUGGGAGAGCUUGGUGCACCGGGGACCUGCAGGGGUUUCCAUAUGGGCAGAACAGGAUUGGUUGGGCAUGCCAAGAGGUGACAGCAGGGAGAAGCGGGGGCAGAUUCGGGGCCUGCUGCUGCCCAUGGACAGAGGAGAGAUGGUCAGGGGUAUCCGACAGGUCUUUAGCUGUGGAAGUGGAAUGAGGGGACCCGAGGCAGGAAAGCUGACAGGCUUGCCAAGAAACCAGAUGAGUAGGGAACUGGUAUUGACCCAGAGCCUGGGGCAAGCCUGGCCCUGUGAGUGGCAGUAGGGGCCCCGGGUGAGUGGGAGGUUCGGCCGCCCCCCGGCCCCCUGGUUUCCACCUUACCUGGGCAGGAAGAGUGGCCCUGUGCAGACAUAGACGUUUUGGUAGCUGCGGGUCAAGCUGCGGCUGUAUUUCUCCAGGUUGUUCCAGGCAUUCUGGUUGAGGUGGGGUACCUGGUAGGAGAGGUAGGGCUUAGCAGAACUGUGGCUGGGACCCUUCCUCCUCUAUCAGAGGGCUGCCCCAGGCCCUGAGAGGAUGGACACGCUCAGAGAUGUCCAGUGAGAGACGAGCAUGAGGAAACUGAGACUCAAGGAAUGAAAGUCACUCUCUGAAACCGCAUGGAGUCAGGCCGGGCUGACAAGUGCUAGCCAUCACCCUCUGUCCCUUCCACAGCCUGGGUGUCAAAGUCUUUUCUCAGCUCCCAAGAGCCGAAUGAAGGAAGGAACGUGUCUCCACCUUUCAGAGAGAAGGACUGAGACCUAUCCCCAGCCCCACCCAGGGGCUCAUGGGAAGACCAGCCCUUCCAACCACCAACCCGUUCCCUUUCCCAGUCCGAGCCACAGGCAGAGCCUCGAGGGAAUGUCAUGAAUCGACCUCCAUCCUGAGCUCUCCAGGCCUCGGACAAUGGAAAGCGGGUAGGGGGCUGUGCUCCCAGAAGGAAGCUGGGUCAGACGCUGGUGCCCCAUGGGCUCCACCCAGAGCCCCAUGGCAGUCUCCAUCCUUUGGUGCCAGGACCUGCUGGGAACAGGCUGAGAGGGAGGUUGGCCCAGUGCACAGUGCCUGGCACUAACAGCCUGACCACGGGCCAGUGUCUGCCUUGAAACUGCCCAAAGGCAGACAGGGUAGGAUGGAGGUUCACAGUUUUAUAAGCCAGGGGUCCCCAACCCCUGGGCCACAGACUGGUACCAGAACUGGGCCACACAGCAGGAGGUGAGCACAAGGCCAGCAAGGGAAGCUUCAUCUGUAUUUACAGCCACUCCUCAUUGAUGGCAUGGCAGCCUGAGCUCCGCCUCUUGUCAGAUCAAUGGCAGCUGGACAUUCUCAUAGGCGCUGGAAUCCUAAGGUGAACUGCGCAUGUGAGGAGGUUGCCCGCUUCUUUUGAAAACCUAAUGCCUGAUCUGUCAUUAUCACCCGUCACCUCCAGAUAGGACUGUCUUAGUUGGAGGAAAACAAGCUCAGGGCUCCCACGGAUCCUACAUUACUGUGAGAUGUAUAUUUCACUAUAUAUUACAAUGUAGUAAUAAUAAAGUGUACAAUAAAUGUAA